AUGCAGAGCAGCGCACAAAGGGAACAAGUUGCACGUGUGGAAUAUCCAAGCGUAACGCCUCCUCCUUUGAGCCGACUGCCAGCACCAAGAACGAUGCCACACUUUCAUGACCCAACAAACAAAACUGAAUUUAAGCACAAGACACACUACCAUGCAGCCAUGAGCUUGGUUAUCUGCCCAAAAGUUAUCCACCAGUCCACACCAGAAGCCACACUGCCGCUUGAAGGACAAGUCAAAGCAAAAAUUAAAAAAAAAAAAAAAGUUGCUCCACAUCCGACAACGGGCAAUUUAUUCCCCCUCCCGCAGCCAGCCCCCCGCGGGGGGCUCGGCCGGGCCGCACGAACACGCCGGCAACAGGUCGCUAUUCCCCGUGCCGGCACAACUUUCCCCCCCGCGCCCGGGGCACCGGGGCCUGAUCAGGAGCCGGGGGCCCCGCGGCACACCCCCUCUCCCCCCCCCCCGGGCCGGGCUCGGGCACUGCGGGCCGGGCUCGGAGCCGCCGCGGCUGCCGCAGGGCCCGCGGGAGGUAGUGGAAAGGCCGGCGGAGCGCUGCGGGAGCCCCCGGCCCGGUUCCGAGCGGUCGGAGGGGGCGAGCCCGGGCGGCGCUUGCGGGGCCCUGCUGCUCGCAGCCGGGGCCUCGCCGAGGGGCGCGUUCCCCCCGCCUCCCCCCCCCCCCGGGCCUUCCUCCUCCUCCUCCGGCAAUGGGAUCCAGGAGCGGGCUGGCGGCCCCCGGGGGGUGCAUGCCGAGUGCUUGGGGGCGGGGGGUGCGGCCCUCCGGGCAGCAGCCGGCCGGACAGCCGCGGAGCCAGGUCGGAGCUUCCCCGCAGCGCCAGAAGGAGCGAGCAGAGGAGGGAGCAGCAGCAGCAGCAGCGCGGAGCACCGCUUACCUCUGUCUGCGAGCCGAAGGCGGGCCGGGAGCUGUCGCCCCGCGACCUGAUUUACAUCUCCCCGGAUGACAUUCCGGCCUCCGGCACGGCACGGCUCGGCUCGGCGUUAUUUCCCCUCGUCCUCUCGGUGCUGCUGCCCCGCCGGCGGCCGGAGAGCGGGCGCUGAGCGAGUAAGGCGCGCUGCGAUGGGAAAAACGCAAUACAUACACACCAGGAAAAAAAAAAAAA